GGUAAAUAUUUUUUGAUAAUAUGGUACAGAGUAAAAGCUUUGAUGAAAGCAAUAUUUUGAUACCCAGCAAUAGUUGAUACCCACCAAUAGCAUCCAUAACCCACCACAAUUCACAUAGCAACAAAAUCUAACGUUCCUCUCCCCAUAACGGCAUUAACAUCUACUUCCUGCCUUCCUCUUACUCCACGCGCCGCCGCACUCUCUCGGCUUUCAUGGGUGCAGCUGAACCAUUAGUUGAUGAAGAAAAUGGAGAAAAGACAACGAAGAUACAAGAAGAAGAAGAAGAAGAAGAAGAUAGAGAUGUUGAAAAAGGAUUUCAUGGACAGCAUCCGCCUCCGCCUCCGCCAGCAGCAACAGGCGGGGACAAUUUUCACAUGUCGAGAAUGCAAAGAUUAAGUGCUACAAAUCCUCUAAGGCUCGUAAUGAAUGCCGGAACUAGAGUUGCUUCUCCUUCUCCUUAUCACUCUCCGGCACCGGCACCGGCACCGGCUCCUGCUCCUGCUCGUCAUCAGCGCCGUUCAUUUCUGAAUCCUUUUCGCCAUCGUCCUUCUCCGGCUCCAGCUCCGGUGCCGGUGACGGUGACGGCGCCGGAGCAGUACCGGCCUUCUCCCGUUUCGGUUCCAGCUCCGGAUCAGUAUCAACCUUCUCCGGCUCCUUCUCAGACUCGUUCCACUCCUACUAUUACUCCUCAACAACCUUCAGUAGUAACACUGAAUUCAAGAUCAUACACGAACAAGUUUUCACUAUUUCUCUUCAUGGUACACAUGAUUGCGGCAAUUGGGCUAGUUUGUUUUCUUGUAUACAAAGGUAUACAAGGUCUACUAGAAGCAGGGGAGGCACAAAGAAAGGAAAAGAGAUUGUUAAAGUAUUUUCUACCACAAGUAGAAGCAGCUUCUCUACUUAGCAUAACACUUGCAUUUGUAUGGCAAAAAGCAAUGAGAAUGUGGCCUAUAUUCAUGGUUCAUUUUGUACUUUGGGGUUCUUUUGUUCUCACAUUAUCAGCAGGAAUACUAUUGAUUUGCUUUCAAAGACCAGCAACUGAUGGUGUUGGAGUUGUGUUUAUCAUGUUUGCGAUUGGUAAUGGAUUGUAUUCUUGUUGGGUGACGCCAAGAAUUAAGUUUUGUACGAAGGUUUUGACUAAAUCACUUGAACCCGUACCCAAAUUUGGCGAUUUGAAUAGGCCAACUUAUCUAACACUUGCUGCUGGAUUCUUAUGGAUGUCUCUGUGGAUUUUGGCUGUGAUUGGGGCUAUAAAUUUCUAUUUCCCACCGUUGAUUAUCAUGGCGUUGGUUCUGAGUAUGGCUUGGGUUACUGAAGUGAUGAGGAAUGUAGUGAAUUUGACUGUGAGUAGAGUGAUCGCGCUGUAUUAUCUACGAGGGAUGCAAUCUAGUACACAGUUUUGUUUCCAGAGGGCAUUGUCUGUGAAUCUUGGAAGUGCUUGUCUUGGUUCUUUGUUUGUUCCUGCGAUUGAAGCUUUAAGGAUUGUAGCUCGUGGGUUGAAUUUGCUUGAAGGUGAAGAUGAGUUCAUGUUUUGUUGUGCUCAUUGUGGAUUGAAAAUCAUGGAUUCCAUUUUCAAGCGUGGCAAUGGUUGGGCAUAUGUUCAGAUCGCCACGUAUGGUAAGAGCUUUGUGAAGGCAUCACAAGACACAUGGGAGCUAUUUCAAAAGAGAGAAAUGGAGUCAAUUGUAGAUUCGGACAUGACAAGCGCCAUUUGCUUCCUAACAGGAGUAUGUAGUGGUUCGAUUUGUGUAAUUGUGGUUGGUGCUUGGACCUUCUCUGUCUACCCCAAUUUCACAGCCACCUUGGCCCUUCUAUCUGCCUACGUUGGUUACCUUCUGACGAGAAUUGCAAUGGCUUUGCCUCACGCUUGUGUGAGUAGUUACUACGUUUGUUAUGCUGAAAAUCCUGAUAACAGACUUUUUGACAAGACCAUUCAAGAACGAAUCAAUUCAAUCAAGACUGAUCGUGAUUGCAUUGUGCCAACUCCUAGAUCUGUACCUUCUCGGUUUGCAAGAUAACAUAACUCCCGCCUUUUUGUUUCAUUGAUAACUCGAAUUCAUUACCUCUGGGUUGAAGAAUACUUGUCAUCUGAGCAACCCCGACUUGUCGAGCACCACCUCAUGAGUUAUGCACAUGUACAUAAAUAUUUUUUUUUGUCAACAUAACCAUUUGUUAAUUACAUCAUCAAUUUAUUGUAAGGACCAAAGGCUCAACUCAACAAGUAAUGAUGUGAAUACUAACAUUCAAGUUGGGAGUCCCCACACAAUUUCCCAACAAGAAGAGGCCACGAUGAGGUGUCUUGUGGUCCUGUCUUUUGUAUUUAUAUAAUAAUUAUGUACUUUGGAAUAUUGUACUGGUGGUGUUUAGACCCCACCACUGUUAUAUUGUCAACAUCUUAUCUUAGUUAGGUAAACCCAAUGUCAUUUAAUUAAUUGGAUUUCAUUCUUUACGUAAUCAGGUAAAGUUGGAACUAAUUUUGUUUUGUUAGAA